AUGGCGCGGAAGGAAGCUGUGAAUGAGCAUCGUCUUCUAAUUUUUAUGAUCGGUGUUGUAUUUCUACAUUUGUUUACCUGUCCCUACACUAAAGUUGAAGAAAGUUUUAAUUUACAAGCAAUUCACGAUGUUCUGUAUCACGGAUUUGAAUUUGAAAAGUAUGAUCAUCAUGAGUUUCCUGGUGUGGUUCCACGGACGUUUCUUGGACCCCUGUUCAUAUCAGCACUCAGUGCACCAAUGAAGUAUGUGCUUGCCCUCCUGCAAGCACCAAAGUUUUACACUCAAAUCCUAGUGAGAGGAGUUCUUGGACUAUGUGUGAUUCUGUCACUAUGGCAGAUGCAGAGAGAGGUCCGGAGGCAGUUUGGGUCAAUGGUGGCCAGUCUGUUCUGCUUCAUCUGCGCUACUCAGUUCCAUCUGAUGUUUUACAGUUCCAGAACCCUCCCAAAUGUGAUCGUUUUGCCUUUAGUUCUGCUGGCGUUCACAUCUUGGCUGGCCCAGAGACACGGUUCCUUCAUUUGGCUCUCUGCUGUGGCCAUCAUCGUGUUCCGCUCUGAAUUGUGUCUACUCUUUGGCCCGAUGUUGUUGAUGUCACUUCUGAGCAGGAAACUCCAUUUCCUGCAGCUGCUUUACCAUGCCAUACCUGCUGGUGUUUUAUCUUUGGGUCUCACUGUCAUGGUUGACACAGUUUUCUGGAAUAAGCUGCUCUGGCCUGAGGGUCAGGUACUGUGGUACAACACAGUUAUGAAUAAAAGCUCCAACUGGGGAAUCUUCCCUUUUCUGUGGUACUUUUACUCUGCUCUCCCUCGAGCUCUCGGUAGCACAAUACUUUUUAUCCCACUCGGCCUAUUGGACAGACGGACAAGAAAACUGCUCGUCGUAACCGUAGGCUUCAUUCUGCUGUACUCUCUUCUGCCCCACAAGGAGCUCCGCUUUAUCAUCUACACCUUCCCCGUGUUCAACAUGAUUGCUGCCUGCGGUUGUUCCUUCAUUUUAAAGAACUACCACAAGUCAUGGAUGUAUAAAAUUGGCUCCAUAGUUGUGGUAGGACAUUUGAUGUUAAAUGGAGUAUACACGAGUGUUUCUCUGUAUGUUUCCCAUCACAACUACCCAGGAGGGAAAGCAAUGCAGGAGCUACAUAGAUUAAUGCCAGCAACAGCAAAUGUGUCAUUACACAUCGAUGUACUUGCUGCACAAACGGGAGUCUCACGGUUUCUGGAGCUAAAUAGUAACUGGAGAUAUGACAAAAAUGAGGAUUUGAUCCUUGAAGAUCCAGUUAUGAAAACGUAUACACACCUGUUAAUGGAAGCGAAUGCAACCAAGAUAUUGCUGCUUAAAGACUCUCACAACCCUUUGGUCUUCAUCCCAGGAUACCAAAGCCUUGCAUUUGAGAUGUCCCACUUUCCACCUCUCAAAAUCAAGCUAAACGACAGACUUGUGCUUCUAAAAAGACAUUUAAAUAACAAACCUAGAUAAUGAAAGCUUGGGAGUGAAAUUGACAAAUAAACUGAAUAAAAUGUUUCCAAAAGACCAAUAAAUGUUUACAAAAGUGGUUAUCUGAA